AUGCCUACAGAAUAUGUUUAUGGUUCCGGUCCGAUACCCCGUAGAGACAACCGAGAUCGUCCAUCUAAACGUGGAGAUAAUCAUCAUCCUGGAUCUGCCACUCAAAGGGCUUCAAUUUCUUCCAACAAAAAACCUUUUAUAACUGAAGACAAUCGCGGCAUUCCUAAUAGCAAAAGACCAAUAGACGUUAAAAAAAUUAAGGACAUUGAUAAUGUUAAGAACAUUAAGAGGAAUGCAUCUCCUCCCCCACAGUCAAAUGAAGGGAAUUCCCGGAGAAGAGAAGGUACACAAGAGAAUCCGAGCACAAGAGAAAGAAAUGGGGGACAUGGGAAUGAUGUGACAAAAGUCUUGAGGAGGAAGGUAGCAUUUGAGAUGAAAUAA